GAAGCCGGCAGGGCAGCGCAGCGCAGCGCGCGGGUUGUACCUGCUCUGCCUGCCUGGGGAGUGGGGAGGCGACCGCUGACCCAGCCAGCUAACCAACCACUGCUCCGCUGCCCUGGUCGUCUACCUCCCUUUCCUCUCCUCGCUCCCUCGAUCCAGUUCCCCUCUCUUUCACUCGUUAGGAAAGGAAAUAGCCGGAUCGAUCCGCUGCUGCUGCUGCUGCUGCUGCUAAAGGGCAAAGGGAAGAACAGCAAUUGCUUAAUUGGAGUCGGUAACAUAUGAUGAGAUGGGGGAACAGUGGGCAGGCCGCGGAUUCCUUCUACCAGGUCCGCCCGGAUUGCAGCCAAAACGUCCCCAGCACCAAGUUCAAGAUCAAGGCCGGCAAGACAUUGAGCGUGCGGAAAUGGCACGCUGCGUUUACGCGUGAAGGCUGCUUGGACAUCGCUUCUGUUCUAAGCCGCAUACAGAGAGGGGGUGUCCACCCUGCCAUCAGGGGGGAGGUUUGGGAGUUCUUGCUUGGCUGCUAUGAUCCUGGGAGCACCUUCGAUGAGCGGGACCAGAUUAGGCACAGGAGAAGGAUGCAGUAUGCUAGAUGGAAGGAAGAGUGCCGAGAGAUGGAUUCUCACGUUAGCAGUGGUAAAAUUAUCACUGCCCCAAUCAUCACUGAGGAUGGAUUCCCUAUCAAUGAUCCAUUGGUUUUACUCGAGGCUACGCAAGGUACUUCCAGCAGCAGCAGCAGCAGCAGCACCACCAGAGUUGAGGUCAGCGACUCCACGAACCGUGUCACUGAUAGGCAAAUCGUUGACUGGAAGCUUACGCUGCAUCAGAUCGGAAGCUGCAUGAUAGGCCUUGAUGUUCUACGCACUGACCGCUCCAUGGUAUUUUAUGAGAACAAAGAAAAUCUUCAAAAGUUGUGGGAUAUUCUAGCUGUAUAUGCAUGGAUUGACAAAGAAGUCGGUUAUUGCCAAGGAAUGAGUGAUUUAUGUUCGCCCAUGAUAGUACUGCUGAACGAUGAAGCAGAUGCAUUUUGGUGCUUUGAGAGGUUGAUGCGUAGGCUGAGAGGGAAUUUCAGAUGCACACAGCAGUCUGUUGGAGUGGAAAACCAGCUUCAGCAUCUUGCUUCUAUCAUUCAGGUGCUCGACCCGAAGUUACAUGACCACCUAGAAACACUUGGUGGGGGUGACUAUCUCUUUGCAUUUCGCAUGUUCAUGGUAUUGUUCCGGCGAGAACUAUCGUUUGGGGACUCCUUGUACCUUUGGGAGGUUCCCUAUUACCUUGCGGAAAUGACCGAAAAGAUAGCACAGGAGGAUCGGAUCCCAGUUCUUAAGGCGUCACAAGACCACUUGAAGGAGUUCAUUGCUCUAUGUGAAGUACUAGAGCUAAUUCCAGAGGAUGAGCUAGAAUUGUCUAGGCAGAAGCAGCCUGAUACUAUGGCAAACAGAAGAACGCAGAAGGUUGCCCGGUUCAAACGUCAAAAGGCUGCUGAAACGAAGCUCCAAGAGAUCAGAGAGAGAAAAGAAAGGCGUGGACGCUCACUGAGAGCAGCUGCUUUAUCUGCCCCAAUUGAAACUGGAGAGGAAGAUGACUUGGAGGAUGAUGGGGAGGAAGAAAGAGAGGCUUGGUUAGCUACCAUCUCCUUGGCUCUCUGCAAGGCGUUUGAUCUUCUCGACAUGCUAAAGAAGGAAGAAGAAAUGCUUCUAGCUGUAAAGGAAAGGAAGGCAAAGGACGGGAAUGCAUUUGCUCGUGAAAUGCUUGAUGAACAGACAAAGAAGGCUGAAGCAUGGCACCAUAAUGCUGCCAAUCGUGUGGCAUAUUCCAAACCAGCUGAUCCAAUCACUUGCGCAACAUUUGCUCAAGAUGUCAUUGAAGGUAGAGCAAGCGUUUCACAAGCUCACGAGCACAAACACCAGCCCCUGAUAUUUGGACCUGCAAAUCUUGUUGGUGGUGGUCUAACCAGUGAAAGGGAAAGAAUGGCAGCACAAGUUUUUCAGCCUAGUUGCAGGAUGCCAACAAUGAGCAUCGAAGAAGCUGGUUUGCGCGAGAUGAAAAUGAUGGAGAAGUGGCAAGACAGGGCUACCAAGACUAUGAAAGAAGCAAACUCCGCGUGGCACAAUGAUGGCACCAGCUCGGCCCAAGAGGACGAGGACGCCAUCAAUUUUGCGCUACUCCCUGAUGAGGCUCUCUUGGCAUCUCAGCUAGAAGGAGACCGGAGAUCCUCUAUUGAGAAGGCCUAUAAUGCGGCACUCCGCGAGGCUGAAAAAAUACACACAGGAAGAAGAACAAAACCCACCGCACGUUGGCCGAAGAAAGUGAUGGAAGUCUUUCAGAUGAUCUAUAUGGCAACAUGUAUGACAAAAGAAGUGCGCUUUAAAAGAGGCGAGGAGAAUUGGGUUGAUGAUCCCAUAGUUCACGAUAUGGCGCUUGAGCUCUUUGCGAGAACGCAAAGAGCAUAUAGCGGCCAACAAUUGCACAACAAAUGGAAAAAUAUGAAACUAGACAAGAUACUCAAAGAAGAAGACCAAAAAUUGGACAUUGAGGGUCCGAACCUUCCUCCUCCUGCAAGUACUCCACCUCCACAGCACUUAGGAUUCACAGCCACGGCAAAUGGCAUGGAGAUUGACACUAGCCAGCCACCAAUUGUUUUCAAGAGUCAGCUGUACACACUUACGGGGGUUCCACCUGAAUGUCAAAAGAUCAUUGGCAAGGGUGGAACAUUGGAGGACAAUGGGAAUUGGUCUGAUUUGGGGGUGAAAGAUGGUCAAAAGUUGAUGAUGAUAGGCACGAAUGCUGCAAUCACCAAAGUACUACAAGAGGAAGUGGAUACCUUGGUGAUUGCAGCUGCAAAUAAUCCAUCCACAAGGGAGUUGAGCAAAUCACUCCAGUUACCAGCAAUAGAGUUUUUGCUGGAGGAGAAUGGUCACAAGAGUGACCUUGAAAUCUUAAGAAAAAAGAUGGAGCAUCUAGAUAUUGAAAACAAGAAGGAUAAAGAUGAACUUCAGCAAGAAAUUGCAAUUUUAAAGAAAAGGCAGAUGGGCUACAUAAAUGAAGUUGAUUUGCUAAAAAAGCAACUUUACACGGCGGAAGCCUUACGCAGCGAUAUGCAUAACCAGCUAAUGGAAUUAAAGGGAAGCAUACGGGUCUUCUGCCGUGUGCGACCCAUUCUUGACAAGAGCAGUAGUGAAGAUGGUGCAAUCUAUUGCUUGGAGAAGGGACAGUUUGUUGGCCGCCGUGUUUAUCUGGAAACAUCAUCAGGGGCUAUAAAAGCUUUUACAUGCGAUCGAGUGUUCCCUCCUGGAGUUUCACAAAAUGAUAUCUUUGUUGAAAUAUCAGGAUUAGUGAAGAGUGCAAUGGAUGGCAAGAAGGUUUGCAUAUUUGCUUAUGGGCAGACAGGCUCUGGUAAAACAUUUACCAUGUUAGGUGAUGAUGGAGAUGAUGUAAAGGGGGUGAUCCCACGCGCUGUGGAGGAAAUUUUUGAGACCAUUCAUAUUCGAGAAUCUUUGGGCCUAGCUCACCAUACAGUAAAGAUUGAUAUGAGUGAAAUUUAUAACGAAGAAGUGCGCAAUCUGAGCUCAAUGGCUUCAAAUGAUAACGUCGUUAAAACAAAAACCCAGGCGCUUGGAGCUUUAAAGGAAGCAUUGAGCAAGAGGGCUGUUGCUAAGACUUCGCGCAAUGAAAGAUCAUCUCGAAGCCAUUUUAUUUUCAGGUUAUCCAUAUAUUCUUAUAACGAGAAAAUGGAAAUGUGCGAAGGAGCUCUUAACAUCAUUGAUUUAGCCGGUAGUGAAGCGGCGGACAGUGAUGCUACUAAAGAAGUACAAGCCGAGGCCAAGGCUAUAAAUAAAAGUUUGCUUUAUUUAGGGACAACUAUUGGUCAAAUUGAAAGAGGAGCUGAAUUUAUUAAUUUCAGAAACUCCCAACUUACAAGAGAACUACAGAGUUCUCUUGGAAAGAAUUGUAAGGUGUUGAUGUUUGUUAAUGUGGCUUCGGAGAAAACAUAUGCUAAAGAAACAGCUGCAACAUUUGAGUUCGCGGCUCAAAUUAAGUCCUCGAUUAAGAUGGAGACAUUGGAUUCUAAGAAAACCCAGCUAUUAAAAGAAAAAGAAUUUGAAUUCAAAUCUCCAGGGAUGUCAAGUGUAAGGCCACAAAAAGGUGCAUUUGGGCUAAACCCUCCAUUCUCUAUAAACAUUAGGAGGACCACCAAGCAACAACCUUCAUGUACAAAGAAGUUUGAUGUUGCGCCUACAUGUAAAAAAAGGAAGGUGUAUAAUAACGAUUGAGAAACAACCUUUCGGGCACACUUUGGACCAACAUUUAAAUGCCCCCGUUGCAAAUGGAAGAGAGGUAGAAAUCGGGUCUUUUGGACCUCUGCAAUCAAUGUAUCUUGCAUUUGUGUAGAUAGGUGUUGUCACAUUUCUUGCAUUUGUGUUGCACACUUGGACCUCUGCAAUCAAUGUAUCUUUCAUCAUGUUGCUGUCCUCUCUGUACAUCGGCUCUGUUGCAUAGCGUGCUUGUUUGUUGGAGGCAAAGUGUUUUGCAAACUGUUGUCGUAAGAAGAAAAGACAGAACUUGCCAUGAUAGGCAUUUUUUGUUCGGUUUCAUUUCCAUUUCAUUGUGUUCCCGAGUCUUGUAUCAAAUCUCAAUUCAUCAAAUGCUGCUCUGCUGUGUGUGCAUCAUUUUCUUUA